AUGCCGGUCGGUCCCCCAGGAUGGAGUCCAGGAUCUGAUCCGUACUUCUCUGGUAACCCGCAACAGACAUCUCAUUUGAAGCCUUUCGAAGACGGGUUUCGUCCGUACAGCUCCAUCCAGUUUAUGUUGAAUUCUGUGGAGGACCACAGAGCCAGCAGGAGCCGAGGAGGAAGAGAGGCAGAGCAGUACAGCGAGGAAGAAGGGCCGGCAGCAGCAGCCAGCGAGCCCAAACCCCCCGCUGCUGCAGCUGUCGAACCGACAAAGGUAGAGGAGGAGGAAGAGGAGGGGGAGGUGGUGGAGGAGGAAGAGGGGGAGGAUGAAGAGAAGGAGGUGAAGUUGGAGGAAGGAGGACAGAGUAAAGAGGACGGCAAGGCCGAGGAGAAAGAAAACAUCACCGGGGAGAGACAGAGCGGCGACUCACAGGAGUCCACGGACGACCCCGAGACCAAGGCGGGGGGGAAACCGGGUCAGAAGCUCGACGACGACGAGGACCGGAAGAACCCGGCCUACAUCCCGAGGAAGGGUCUGUUCUUCGAGCACGAUGUCCGGGGACACGCUCAGGAGGAGGAGAGACCGAAAGGUCGAAACAGGAAGUUGUGGAAGGACGAGGGUCGCUGGGAGCACGACCGGUUCAGGGAGGAGGAGCAGGCGCCCAAGAGCCGCGAGGAGCUCAUCGCCAUCUACGGCUACGACAUCAGGAACGGGGGCGGCUCCGGGGACAGGAACUACCGGCAGCGCAGGCCCAGACAGAGUGCGUCUCCCAGCAGAGACAAGCGCUGGAGGGACGGAGGCGAGCGGCCGGUCCGGUCCUGGCAGCAGAGCGGCGCCCCGAACCGAGGAGGCGCUCCACCUUCAUCCAACCCGCCGUCCUCCGCACCCCCCUCGUCUCUCCCUCUCUCCUCCUCUCAGCGGGGCGGCCCUCCCUCCAGGCCGCCUCCCUCCCGCAGCCGACCCCCCCACCACACGCCUCAGUCCCAAUACAGGAACAACGAAUCAAACGCACCCCAGAUGCACCCCAGGGAACGACAGGGCCCCAAAGCUCCGUCCGACCCCGCGGGGGACCGGGCCUGGGCAGCAGGUCCGGGCCGGGGCCCCUCCGUGGUCAUUGAGGAUAUUACAUUCAGCCACGGAGGUGUCCGGGAGCAGGACCUGAGCGUUGCAACGACGGUCCAGUCGGCACCGCAGAGACGGCAGCAGCAGGAACACCGCGGCAGCGCCGAUAGAGCCGCGUCCGGAUUGGCUCAUUCCUCCUCUGACUCCACCUUACAGUCGCCCUCGGCCAAUCGGGAAGCCUCUCCUCCCGCCGAGCGGCCGGCGAUGGAGCGUAAGUCCUACUCGCUGGCUCGCAGGACCCGGUCUCGGCCCGCCGACCUGGGCAGCAAGCAGCCGUCUGUGGAGGAGUCGGCCGUGACCAGUGGGGGAGUGACCGCCGCCGCCCCCCCCGGCAGCGGGGGAGGGAAGAGCUGGGGGGGGGCGGACGACGGGCCGCCGAGCCAGACGGGGGGCACAGGGGGGCUGGUGGCGCUGGAAAAGGACUUGGCUCGAAUCAGUCUGGGGGGACAGAGCUGGAGCCAGAGCCCGACGUCCUGGUCUGAGAUGAGAGGCCUGCCCAACACCAUGCACAUGCCCGGCGCGCCCCCCCCUCCCUUCUCCGGCCUGGAGGAGAUGGGAGUCGGCUCCAACCGGGCCAAACGCUACUCGUCCCAGCGGCAGAGACCCGUCCCCGAGCCGGCCCCCCCCAUGCACCUGGGGGUGAUGGAGGGGCACUACUACGAGCCCAUGUCGUACCAGGGACCAAUCUAUGCCCACGGGGACGGCCCCGCCCCCAUCCCGCCGCAAGGCAUGCUGGUCCAGCCGGAGAUGCACAUCCCCCACCCCGGUCUCCAUCCCCACCAAUCAGGCGGCCCCAUCGCUAACCCCCCCCUCUACGGCGGCCCCCCCGUCACGCUGCCGCCGGGGCAACCGCAGCAGCUGCUGCCUCCGCCGUUCUACCCCCCGCCGGGCGUCAUGACCUUCCCCUACCCCACCAUGUACCCCACGCCGCAGGGUCAGGCCCAGGUGACCUACGGAGGCGUGACGUACUACGACACCAUGCAGCAGCAGGCUCAGCCCAAGCCCUCGCCCCCCCGCCGCACCUCCCAGCCCGUCACCAUCAAGCCCCCCCCUCCGGAGUUGCACUUCGCCACAGAGUGACCCCCGCCCCCCUCACCCCUCCCCCGCCACCCAGCCUCAGCCCCACUCUGAUCCCAAAACUACAGGAGCGGGCCGGGCGGGUCGGUGAGGACCAGCGGCCGGUCGUCCACGGCAACCAUCCAGAGAGGGAGGGGCCUGAUCUCUGGACUUCUUCUUCUCCUCUUUUAUUUGCUGUUUGGUGUCUCCUCCUGGUCUCCUGGUCUGUAGCGGCGAGGCGGCGAACCCGUCAGACGUCGGGCUGCCCCGCGACUCUGCGGCCGCAGGUUUGAUUCCACCGACGUGUCUUUGAGCAAACGACGACGCAGAGAAACUGGAAACCGGCGGUUUCAAACCCUCUAGAAGGUUUUAAGGUCUCAGUGGUCUGGGGUCAGAGUCGAAUCUGGAACGGAGGUUUUUCUUUUAAUCUUUUUUAUUUCUUGUCCUCGGACCGAGCCGGGUCCUCGAAGCGGUUUCUCUCUUCACCCUCACGCUGUACUUUAGUUUGUCUUUUAGUUGUGAUCAGAAACAGGAAACAGGAAGUCCCUUUGUGUCAUCAGUUGAAACAGAAACUUUAUUGAGAUGAAACACGUCUCUGAGUCGGUUAUGUAAAUAUUUAGAAUGAGUUGCUGAGCCGGUUCUGCCUGAAAACCUCGUCUGAGUCCCGGUUAAUCUGCCGCUUCGAUUCAAUGUCACAACGUGUCCCCCGCCUUCCUCAGAGUCCAAAACCCAAACCUGCUUGGGGGGGGGGGGGGGGGGGGGGGAGUACCCAUUACCCACAGUUCAAAGUGUUCCCGCGGAGACCAUAGGGGAAUCUGGGGAUUCCAAAGGUAAAAACCAGCACACACCCCCCCCCCCGACCACAGCAGACACGUGGUCCAGCUGGUGGAAUACAUGAGGAAUCAGGCCUCCGUCUCCGGUGUCUCGGCCGUCUCCUGGGUCUGGGGCCGUCUCCUGGGUCUCAGCCAUGUCUUGGGUAUCUCCUGGGGUUGUCUGCAAGGUCCUGGGGCUCUUCCGGGGCCGUGUCCAAGGUCUCGGCCGUCUCCUGGGUCUGGGCCGUCUCCUGGGUCUGGGCCGUCUCCUGGGGCUCUUCUGGGGCCAUGUCCAAGGUCUCGGUUGUCUCCUGGGUCUGGGCCGUCUCCUGGGUCUCUUUCGGGGCCGUGUCCAAGGUCUGGGCCGUCUCCUGGGGCUCUUCUGGGGCCGUGUCCAAGGUCUGGGCCGUCCCCUGGUUCCGGGGCCGUCUCCUGGUCCUCGGCCGUGUGGACCGCAGCAAACUGAAAGUAAAACCCCGAACCGCCGAGUCAGCAUCACGUGGUUAUGAAACAUGGUGACGUGUGAUCUGGUGAUCUGGCCCGUCCCCCUUCCUCUCAGACCUGACUGAGCCCACGUGGCCUCGCUCAGCACCUGAGACCAGUUGAGUCUGGGAGUCCUCAGGGCUCACUGUGGUCUGCAGGGACCGGGACGGUUACGGUGGAUCUGGUUCAGGGCCGCGCGGCGUCAGCGAUGAUUUCACUCUUCCUUCUUCUUCUUUUUUUAAUUAACUGUUGAUUUGAGGCUGUUGGUUGUUUUCUGUUGGUAGAAGAGAUGAAAUGCAACUUCCUGUCUAGAGAACCACUUCCUGUUUGUCCUGCUACAAAAUAGUUCUUUUUGUUUUUCUUUCAGAGAAGUUAUUAAAAUGUAUUUUUCUCUCAUUUGUUUUUACAUUAAAGUUAAAAGACGA